CAAGUAUACAAAACGAAGAACUUAACCAACCGCUCCAUGGAAAAUACCCAAGAUCCAAAAAAGAUUAACAAUAAUGUUCAAGAGCGUGAUCAUAUCCCUCACAUAGCUAUCCUUCCAUGUCCUGGAAUGGGUCAUCUCAUUCCUCAUCUUGAGUUAGCUAAACGUUUAUGCAAAUUUCAUGGCAUCCAAGUGACGUUUUUCGUAUACUUAACCGAAGCUUCUGCUGCUCAAUCUCAAUACCUUAUCGCGCAUCCUCUUCCCGAAUCUCUUCAUGUAUAUCACCUUCCGUCCAGAGACAUUUUCCCUUUGUAACAGAUUCUACUGAUAUUCAAACACAUAUCUGUAUAAUCAUUCGUGAAUCUCUUCCCGACGUCGAAUCCUACAUUGUUAACAGUCACCAUAAGGAGCACACCGGUAUUAAUAAUACGGGUGUCAGCCCCGUAAAUGUUCUCAUUGCGGAUUUUUUCGCUACGGACUGUUUUGAUAUCGCUGACAAAAUAGGCAUACCUAAAUACAUCUUCUUUUGCCCUGCAGCUGAUUUGCUCCCCUUCAUGAUAUAUUUUCCCAUACUUGAUAGCCAAGUGCAAGGUGAGUUCGUUGAUCUCAAAGACCCAAUACAAAUCCCUGGUUGUAAGCCGCUUCAUCUAAGAAACCUAGUGGAUCCGGUCAGAAAUCGCAAGACCGAUGGGUAAAACUGGUUCUUACACCACGCAAGCCGCUUUCAAUUAGCUGAUGGAAUUCUCUUAAACACGAGCCAAGAUCUUGAGCCUAAAACUGUUAAAGCAUUGCGAGAAGAUCCAACCCUACGACAACUAGGUACUCCACGGAGAUAUCCAGUUGGUCCACUUAUUAAGCCAUCAUCCGCAAAAGUAAUGAAAGAUGAACAUUCUUAUAUCACGACAUGGCUUAACCAGCAACCUAAGGAUUCAGUGAUUUUCGUAUCAUUCGGCAGCGGUGGGACAUUAUCAGCUGAACAGACGACAGAGUUAGCAUGGGGUUUAAAACUGAGUCAAAAACGGUUCAUAUGGGUCGUUCGAAAACCUGUAGAAGUGGACGUUUCAGCAUCAUUUUUCAGUGUGGGUAACGAAGAGAACAAUCCUGAUGAAUAUUUACCACGUGAGUAUCAAAACAGGAUCAAUGGAGUAGGCUUGGUGGUACCUACGUGGGCACCACAAACAGAAUUACUCGGUCACUCAGCAGUAGGUGGGUUUCUAAGUCACUGUGGUUGGAAUUCGACAUUAGAAAGUGUCUGGUUUGGUGUGCCCAUGAUAGCAUGGCCAUUAUACGCAGAACAACGGAGUAACACUGCAAUGCUUGAAGAAGAGAUUGGGGUUGCCGUGAGAGUUAAAAGUACUGAAAAUGGAGUCGUGGUUAAGGAAGAGAUUGAAAGAUUAGUUAGGUUGUCAAUGGAUAAUGAAGGAAAUGAAGACAUUGAUCAUAAGGGUUUUCGUUUGAGAAGUAGAGCUAAACAGCAUCAAAUAUUAAUGAGUGAAGCUAUAAAUGAAGGGGGGUCUUCUUACAAUUCACUCUCAGCGGUUGCUAAUGAAUGGAAGAAAAAGUAUUAG